AUGAAUUUUUCCAACUACGCAGAUGGCAUAUCUGAGGUUGAUUUUGCACUUAUUAUUUUGGCCAGGCAAUUAAAUAAUAUAGUUGAUUCAUAUAAUCAAAUGCAUACUGAUUAUGUUUUGAAGGAUUGUCAUGAAAAAAUAUUUGAAAAUGUUGAAAAUAAGCUGAAAAUUAAUAAUAAUGAUAUCGAUUCAUUAAAAAUUCGUGGAACUAUGUAUACUUAUUUAAAUCAAUAUGAAAAAGCACUUAAUGAUAUAAAUAAAGUCCUAGAACAUUUUCCGGAUGAUUUUGAUUCUUUAAAAACUCGUAUUAUGAUUCAUUUAAAUUUUAAAAAACCUGAAUUAGCACUUAUUGACUUAAAUAAUUUAUUAGAAAAUAAUCAUGUAAAUAAUAUUAUCUUAAUAUUAUGUCGAGAAUAUAUUUUUUUAAAUUCGAGUCAUCAUGGUGAAUCAUCAUUCAUUGAUUUUAACGGAAUAAUAGGAAUCAAUUGGAUGAAUAAUGCAUUUAUAUUAAAAUGUUGUGGAGAAAUUAAUCAAAAAUUGGGUUAUUAUGAAGAGGCAUUUAAAUACUUUAACAAAUCAUUGGAAAUUAAUCCAAAUGACGAAUUUAUUUUGAAUUCUCGAGAGAAAAUUUAUAUGCUAUUAAAUAAUCUUGGUGGAUCAAAUGAAGAUUUUAAUAAUAUAGUUACUUUAGAAUUGUACAAUAGCUCAUUAAUUAAAGUUUGCAAUUAUUACGAAUUAAAUCGGCAUGACAAAUCUCUUGUAGAUUUAACAAAAUCCUUGAAAAUUAAUCCUAAUGAUUAUAAAAGUUUGGUGAAACGUGGUGAUAUAUAUCAAGUAUAUAAAAAUGUUGGAAAAUAUAAAGAAUCAUUGUUAGAUUUUACUAAUGCAUUAACGCUAGAACCAAAUAAUGAAUUCGCUUUGAUGUCAAUUAUUACUACUAAUGAUUUAUUGGGUAAAUCUGAAGAAUCUCUAAUCAUAUUAAAUAGCAUAUUAAAAAAUUAUGAAGAAUUCAAAAACUUAUUAACUGCUUUGACAAUUCGUGGAGAAGCAUAUCGACAGAUGGGACAAUAUGAAAAAUCGCUUAAUGAUCUUGAUAGAUCCAUAGAAAUCAAUCCUUAUAAUGCUCAUUCGUUUGAAAUUCGUGGUGCAACUUUGUAUACGAUUGGAUUUUAUGGUAAAGCAUUGCAAGAUCUCGAUAAUGGAUUAGAAUUAGAUUCAGAUAAUUAUUUAUGCUACGGAUAUCGUGGUGCGCUCUAUUUAAAACUGAAUCAUUAUGAAAAAUCUCAACAAGAUCUGGAUAAAGCAAUUGAAUUAUGCCAAGAUGAUUCAUUUUGUCAUUGGCAACGUGGGUCACUUUACAGUGCAUUAGGGAAAUACAAUGAAGCUCUUUAUGAAUUCAUUUCAUUAGAUAAUUUUAAUCCUAGAUCUGAAUUAGAUAAAUUUGAGCAAGCAGAAGCUUUUUAUAAUCGAGGAAUUCUAAAUAAAAAGUUGGGAAAUUAUGAAAAUUCCGCUUCAGAUUUAAGUAAAGCUAUCGAUUUAGGAUUAGAAAAUGAACAAAUCAAAUGUGAUUAUAAUGAA